AUGGAGGGACCUAUUAAGUUUGAUGCUGUCAAAGUCUAUGGCCAGCUCAAGGCCAUCGUUGAGGCAUCAAACUCUUCUUUGAAAGAACUUAACGAAAAGUUCUCUGCAAAAUCAAACGACAUUGACGCCCAAUUGAAUGGCUUAGCUGAACUUGCAUUGUCAUCUCAAUUGACGGUACCCAUCCUAACAGUGGCUCACGACGUAUUUUUAGAAAUCGCAGCUAGGUGGAUUUCUAUGCAUUCUCAUCUCAACCAACUUUCUAUUUUAUCUGCAUUUGCCCGAACUGUCUCAAUAUACCCUUCCUUAACUCAGCUUGCCCGUCACUAUUGUGGAGUUGUGACUAAACAGGGUAUUGCUAACUUAUACACAGCUUUUUUGGAAGAAAGUUGUGAUACUGCUCUUCUGGCUGUCUACAGACUCUUGAAUCACGACAGAUCUUUUACUCGAUUCCUCGAUACCGAUGUUCUGUAUACAAUCCUUGAGAGCAGUCAAGCGAAUGCAUCUACUAAAUAUCUGACUCUUCGAGUUUUGGCUAUUUACAUCAAUGCCUCGGAAUCAUGCCGUGAUGAAUGGUUAGCUCAACACAUUGAUAUUUCAGAACCAAUCUUAGGAUUCAUUGAUUCAGAAAAACUUGAUCUUGUUUUUCUGCCCUUGGUGGAGGCCAAGCGUAUAUCUAAUGCUAUAAACGCUAUCCAGACAUCAGCGGAGACCGCUGUUUAUGAUGGCCCCUUUAAACCGUCCCCAUUAAUUGCGAAUCUUGGAGGUACUCUUGUUCCAAAUUUCCAACAUUCUGACGCUUUUUACAGUACCUCGGAUUUUGUUGCUACACCCACUAUUAUGACUUCGCUUCAAAAAAUGGCAUCUGCUGUCGUAUCUUCUGAGCCUAUUCUUCUGACAGGCCCUGAGGGUUCCGGCAAAACGUUUUUGGUCGACGAAAGCGCCAAGCACCUGUCUGCUUAUGAAUCCAUUGUGCGUAUCCAUUUGGGUGACCAAACUGAUGCUAAACUUCUAGUUGGUACUUAUUCCACUGGUGAAAAGCCAGGGUCGUUUGAAUGGCGUCCUGGUGUGCUUUCUGUGGCAGUUAGAGAGGGUCGCUGGGUGCUUAUUGAAGAUAUAGACAAAGCUCCCACUGAGAUCCUGUCUCUUUUACUUCCUUUGUUGGAAAAGCGACAGCUUUUAAUUCCAUCCCGUAGUGAAGUUGUCAAUGCCAAGCAAGGUUUCCAGCUAUUUGCUACGAUGAAGUCUGUCCAUUCAAGAUCUGGUGCUGAGGUUCUCCCAGAACUUAUUGGUAAGCGAUUCUGGACUCAGGUCAAAGUAGAAGCUCCAUCCCAAGAGGAGUUAGUAAUGAUUAUCAAAUCUCGGUUUCCAUUAUUACAAAAGCUGGCUGGUACUUUUGUGCAAGUUUAUGUUGAUCUGGCACACCAUUUUACAGCACCUAGAUUCUUAUCAUUGAGUAAAUCCGCUCAAAGACAGAUUUCUCCUCGUGAUCUCAUAAAAUGGGCUAGACGAGUUCAUCACAUGCUGAAACAACAGGGAAUUACAACCCCUGACCAAGCAUUAGCUUCCUCUAUUUAUGACAAUAUUUUUGCUGAGGCUUUUGACUGUUUUGCUGGCUUCAUCCCUACAUAUGAGGGUCGGGAAUAUUUGGCUGCUAUCAUUGGAGAGUCGCUCGAUAUAUCUAUCAACAGGGUCAACUUAUUCCUUUCCAAACAUAUCCCCGCCAUGUCGGAGACAUCGACAAGUUUCACUAUUGGUCGUGGUCAAAUGAUAAAAUCCAGGGCCCUUUCAAAGGCUAAAUCAAGGAUUCUGUCGGCUCAGCGCUCCAAAUUCGCUCUUACUGGUCAUAGUUUAAGACUUAUCGAACAAGUUGGUGUAGCCAGCUCUAUGUCUGAACCUAUUUUGCUAGUGGGUGAGACUGGUACCGGUAAGACCACAGUAGUGCAAUAUUUGGCCAAUGUACUCAACAAAAAUAUUACCAUUAUCAAUGUUUCACAACAAACUGAAACUGGUGAUUUGCUGGGUGGAUAUAAACCAGUUGAUAGUAAGCUCAUUGCUAUGCCAAUUAGGGAAAAGUUUGAUUCACUCUUUGAAAACACCUUCUCAGCAAAGAAGAAUGAGAGAUUCUUGGCAAUUUUAACAAAGUCAUUUAUUAAGGGUCAUUGGGGCAAUACUAUAAAGCUAUGGCGAGAAGCUUAUCGAAUGGCUGAAGAAAUGCUUUCUAAAUCUGAUAGCGACUCGAAUGAUACAACGACCGAAAAGCCAAAGAAGAAGCGUAAAAUAGACUCUGCCACAAAAGCUCUUCUUCUUGAUCAAUGGAAAGAAUUCUUGAAUGAGGUAAAUAGCUUUGAAAUUCAAGCUAAACAAAUAGAAAACUCCUUUUUCUUUAGUUUCGUUGAGGGUCUAUUGGUACAAGCUGUGAGAAGGGGAGAUUGGGUAUUGUUGGAUGAAAUCAACCUGGCAUCGUCGGAUACACUAGAAAGCAUUGCAGACCUGUUGGUAGAAAACCCCUCAAUUACACUUUCUGAGAAGGGUGAUGCGGGUUCUAUCAAGGCUCACCCAGACUUCCGCUUGUUUGCAUGUAUGAACCCCGCUACUGAUAUUGGUAAGAGGGACCUACCGGUGGGUCUUCGUUCUCGAUUUACAGAACUUUAUGUGACAUCUCCGGAUAGGGACAUUUCUGAUCUCCUUGCAAUUAUUGAUAAGUACAUUGGUCAUUUAUCGAUGAGCGACCAAUGGGUUGGAAAUGAUGUGGCAGAACUCUAUCUUGAGGCAAAGGCACUAUCGGAGCAGAAUAAAAUCGUUGAUGGUGCAAAUCAGAAACCUCAUUUCAGCAUAAGAACUUUAUCUCGAACACUGGUAUAUUCUGCAUCUAUUUCUCAUAUCUAUGGACUGCGAAGAGCUUUAUUCGAAGGGUUCUGCAUGAGUUUCCUUACAUUACUCGAUAAACCAUCCGAAGAUAUUCUGCUACCAGCGAUCACCAAAUACACAAUUGGUCGACUUAAGAAUGUCAAAUCGGUUAUUUCUCAAAUCCCUCCUGCUCCACAAGAUGGGCAUAGCUAUGUCCAAUUCAAGCACUAUUGGCUCAGACAAGGUGCCCUUCCUCCCAAGGAACAACAAAACUAUAUCAUUACCCCUUUUGUUGAAAAGAAUCUUCUCAGUUUGACUAGAGCAACUGCUGGUAGAUUGUUCCCUGUCCUAAUUCAGGGUCCCACGUCAAGUGGAAAAACGAGUAUGAUUCACUACCUGGCAAACAAAUCUGGUCACAAGUUUGUUCGUAUUAACAAUCACGAGCACACAGAUUUACAGGAAUACCUAGGUAGCUAUGUAUCCGAUGAACGCGGACAGCUCAAGUUUCAAGAAGGUGUCCUAGUAGAAGCAGUGCGAAAUGGUUAUUGGAUUGUUCUUGACGAGUUAAACCUUGCUCCAACUGAUGUAUUGGAGGCAUUGAAUAGAUUGCUCGACGAUAACCGAGAGCUUUUAAUUCCCGAAACUCAAGAGAUUGUCAAGCCCCAUCCCGACUUUAUGUUGUUUGCCACUCAGAAUCCACCAGGACUGUAUGGUGGAAGAAAACUGUUAUCUCGAGCUUUCAGAAAUCGUUUCCUAGAGUUGCAUUUUGACGAUAUACCUGAGGAUGAGCUUGAAAUUAUUCUUAGAGAUAGAUGCGAGAUUGCACCUUCAUAUGCUAAGAAAAUUGUUGACGUCUAUCGCCAACUUUCGGUAGAGCGUCAAUCGACAAGAUUGUUCGAACAGAAGAAUAGUUUUGCCACACUUCGUGAUCUCUUCAGAUGGGCUCAGAGAGAGGCAGUGGGCUACGAACAAUUAGGACUAAAUGGUUAUAUCCUCCUUGGAGAGAGGGUUAGAAAGCCUGAGGAAAGGCUCAUUGUCAAAAAGGUGAUUGAAAAAGUUAUGAGAAUCAAGCUUGACAUCGAAAAGUCUUACUUAGAGUUACUUCCCCAGCGGAUUGUUGAGUCAAAUGACAAGGUGGUAUGGACAAAGGGAAUGAAGCGUCUUUUGGUAUUGGUGUGGGAGGCGAUAAAGAAUAAUGAACCUAUCCUUUUGGUUGGUGAAACUGGUUGUGGUAAAACCACCAUUUGCCAAAUUCUUGCCGAAAGCCUAGGGAAAGAGUUGCACAUUGUGAACGCUCACCAAAAUACCGAGACAGGCGAUAUAAUUGGUGCCCAACGUCCAGUACGUAAUCGUGGAGACCUCCAGAAAGAACUUGCUAACGAGCUUCGUCAUGUUUUGACUGCUCAGGGCUUAGCUGUGGAAAGCGCUGAUCUCGAAGAACUAAAGCAGAUGUACACCUCCCUGGAUCAACCCAAUGUUGACUCACUGACUCAUACUAAGAUUGAAGGGUUGGUUAACCGUCUUCAAAUUCUAUUUGAAUGGCACGAUGGUACCUUGAUCCAAGCCCUCAAGCAAGGAGAUCUCUUCUUAUUGGACGAAAUCUCUCUUGCAGAUGAUUCAGUGCUUGAACGUCUCAACAGUGUUUUGGAGCCUGAGAAAACACUACUACUAUCCGAAAAAGGAUCUCAAGACGUUCAAAUAGUUGCUCAAGAAGGUUUUCAAUUUCUUUCUACUAUGAACCCUGGUGGUGAUUAUGGAAAAAAGGAACUUUCACCUGCCCUUCGAAACCGUUUUACAGAGAUUUGGGUACCUUCCAUGGAGGACUUUGAAGAUGUCUUGCAAAUUGCUGAAUCAAAGCUCAAGCCUGAAGUCAAAAGGUUUGCCAAUUGCAUUAUUCAGUUUGGUCAAUGGUUUGGUCAGAGAUAUGGAAACGGUGACGCUUCUUCAGGUAUUAUUUCGCUCCGUGACAUUUUAGCCUGGAUUAACUUUAUCAAUACUCUUUCAGAGAGAAUCUCACCCGAAUUAAGUGUGUUUCAUGGUGCCUGUAUGGUAUUCGUAGACUCGGUUGGUACGAACAACUCAGCUGCUUUGACUCAAUCAGUGGACAUUCUUGAGCAGCAUAGAAUCAAGUGUGUUCAAAAGUUAUCUUCGUUACUUGACACGGAUUUCACGAUUGCCUACCGUGAGAUUGCCUCGAUUGAAGUUGAUGUCAAUGAAUUGCAUGUUGGUCCAUUUAUUCUUCAAAGAGAUAGCAGGUCAAGCAAAGAGGCUUCUUUCAACCUGAAGGCUCCUACAACCGCCAUGAAUGCGCUUCGUGUAGUUCGUGCUAUGCAGGCACGCAAGCCAAUUCUGCUAGAAGGUAGCCCUGGUGUAGGUAAAACAAGUCUCAUCACGGCAAUUGCAGAUGUAGUUGGACGGCCCCUGACGCGAAUCAAUCUAUCAGAACAGACUGAUCUUAUAGAUUUAUUUGGUUCGGAUGCACCUGCUGAAGGCAGUAGCGCUGGUGAGUUUGUAUGGAAAGAUGCUCCAUUUUUGAGAGCCAUGCAAAGAGGUGAAUGGGUUCUAUUAGAUGAGAUGAAUCUUGCAUCACAGUCUGUCUUGGAGGGUCUCAAUGCUUGCUUAGAUCACCGUGGUGAGGCAUAUAUUCCUGAAUUAGAUAAGACAUUCUCCUGUGGUAAAGGAUUCACUGUCUUUGCUGCUCAAAAUCCACACUAUCAAGGUGGAGGCCGUAAGGGUUUGCCAAAAUCGUUCAUUAAUCGUUUCUCUGUCGUAUAUGUUGAUACCUUGACGUUACCAGACUUGCAUCAAAUUUCAUCGUUUAUCUUCCCCAAACUUCCCACAGAUACCACUGAAAAACUUAUCAAAUUUGUUUUGGAGUUGGAUCACCAGAUAUCAGUGAAAAGAUCCUUUGGUCAAUUAGGCAGUCCUUUUGAAUUUAACCUGAGAGAUACCAUGAGAUGGCUCGGUUUGGUGAACAGUUCUGCAGGAAUAUCCUCCAGGUGCGACCCAGUGGAAUUCUUUAAUAUUAUUAUCGGCCAAAGAUUCCGUUCGAAGUCAGAUAGAGAGGCAGCUUUGGCCCUUUACGAGCAGUUCUUUGGGCCAUGUGAACAGAGUGAUCAGUAUAUUCAAGUUGCCCCCAAGCUUCUACAAUCUGGCCAUUCGCUGGUAAUUCGAGACGGGGAUUUUGAAUCAGGAUUUCAAAAUGCCUUACUUUUGCAAUGUAACAACGAUGCUCUGGAGUCAAUGAUUACAUGUGUUCAAAAUGCCUGGCCCUUAAUUUUAGUGGGUCCAACCAACUCCGGUAAAACCAGUCUAAUAAGAGGUUUAGCUAAUUUAUUGGGUAAGAAUUUGAAAGAGUUUCCAAUGAAUGGUGACAUUGACAGUACUGAUUUAUUGGGUGGAUUUGACCAGGUUGAUGUUGCUCAUAAAGCAUCUCAGUUAUUCGCAGAGGUGAGGGAUCUUUGUCUUGAAACAAUCUCCUUUGUAUUAAAGCAUAGUGCAACUGCUGAAUGGAAAGGGCUUCUGUUUGAGUUGUCGCAAUUGUACGAAAGUGCAAACACCGAAGAGUUUGUGGCUAGUGACCUGUACAAUGUUCGUAAUGUUUUAGCAAAAGUCCCAGUAUACAGCGACAAGUUCAAUGCCAAGGUGGCCAAGUUUAUUGCUAUUGCCGACACUUUGAUAAAGCAGGCAGGCGAAAAUCAAACUGCAAAAUUCCAGUGGUUAGAUGGUACCCUUGUCAAGGCGGUAGAAGAGGGUCAUUGGUUGAUUUUAGACAAUGCUAACCUAUGCAAUCCAUCCGUACUUGAUCGUCUCAACUCAUUACUUGAACCUAAUGGAUGCCUGAUUGUCAACGAAUGCUCUUUAGAAAAUGGUGAACCCCGUAUGAUCAUCCCUCACAAGGACUUCAGAUUAUUUUUGACUGUUGACCCUCACUAUGGUGAGCUCUCCCGUGCUAUGCGAAACCGUGGUGUUGAGAUUUUCCUUGAGAGCCUAGACUCUAGAGCUACUUCGUUUGACAGAAAACUGCUUGAAAUCAACUCACAUAUUACAGAUGCUGCAUCUUCCACUAACCUAGAAAAUGCUUUACAUGAUCUGAAACUUUCAGUUAGUACUGAGUUUUCUUCCCAAGUUUCUAAGCACAUUGGCUCUUCUAACUCUUAUUUGCGAACAUUUUCGCUGCUCGAUGAUGCCAUUGUUGGAUCAGAAAUCGAUGAUCCAAAUAUGUUAGUUAAGGCAGCUGUCAGUUUCAUUCCUCAAUCUGCCCUUAGUGUCCUGAACAGAUGGAGGACGUUGGUCUAUAGCAGUAAGCUUUUCUCAGCUGCCUACCAAAACUUGUCAAACUUACUGAUAGAAAACCUUGCAUUCCUGAAUGAUGUCGGAUACGUUGCCGCGCUUAGAUCCUUUUAUGAUUCGGCUCUGACUGACGCAGGUGAGACUUCUCUCAAAAUUGCAGAUGAACUGCCUUUAAAUCCCUUGGUUGAUACAGCAGUAUCGAGGUUUGGUUUCGGUCUAGAGCAUGCUGGAAAUGCUCAUCUUAUUCUCAGUAGUCUACAUUACUUGCAUAUUAUCACGCAGACUAUUGCAAAUGUGGAGAACAAAGCUAAAGCUGCAAGACCCUCCGAGAUGACUUAUCUCGAGAAGUCGGCAGCUCUUUCAUUGGGUAGAUCUUUUAAACAAGCACCAAAAGUGAUGGUUUUCCCACUAAUAGCAGGGAUCGCAAAUUUUGCAUCUCUGUGCUUAAAACGAUUUUUGGCUGAGGGCAGUGUGAAUAAGGUAGGUUGUUUACUGGACUCUAUACCAGUGGCUAUAAUGUCUGUGAACGGCACUAACAUGUAUCAGACCACAUUAAUUGUUAUUCAAGAUUUAAUAUUUGUUUGUUUUGACAUUAUCGACCUUACAAAUCAUUCUGAGCCCUACGAGAACAAGCUUCACAUAUAUCGUGAUAUUUUAGACAAAUGGGUUACAGAUAAUGCCAAAAUUCCCGAGUUCGCUCCUUUUGUCAGUGAUAUGAUCAAAGUAAUUGAAUCUUUUGGAUCUGAACUUGAUCUCACAACCGGUAUUUCUAUGGAACUGAUAUGGAAGGCUUACAAACCAGAUCUCCCUGUUACGGAGUUAGCUUGGGAUAGCUAUAGGCGAUUGAUUGAUCUCUCUAAUCGUUUUGACGCAAUUGCCAGUGAAAUAGCUUCACGCUACUUCUAA